AUGCCCCUGACCUUCACCUUCUUGUUCCUCCUGAGCCAGGCCACCUCGGACCCAUGCUACCAUCCAGGGGGCCGCGCCCGCUUCUGCCUCCCACCAGUGACCCAGUUGGCUGGCAUGGCGGCCUCCUGUCCCCAGGCCUGUGCCUUCUCUGCGGGGGCCGAGGUCGGCUCCCGGGCCACCUGUAAUGGCAGUCUGACUCUGGCUCUGGAUGGCCCCUUCCUCCUGACUUCAGUCAGCCUGCGCUUCUGCACUCCAGGACCCCCAGCCCUGGUCCUGUCGGCCGCCUGGGCUACUGGAGGUCCCUGGAGAUCGCUGUGGCGCAGACCUGCCUGGCCUGGGGCCCUGGGGGGCCCAGAAAAGGUGACCUUCCGUGCCCCACCUGGUUCUAAGGCCAGUGUGGUAGCCAGUCACCUCCGUGUGGAGUUCGGAGGCCAGGCAGGGCUGGCAGCAGCUGGAGUGAGAGGCCGCUGCCAGUGCCAUGGCCAUGCUGCCCGCUGUGCUGCCCGUGCCCGGCCCCCCCGCUGUCGCUGCCGUCACCACACCACCGGCCCCGGGUGCGAGAGCUGCCGCCCAUCCCACCGCGACUGGCCCUGGCGACCCGCCACACCCUGGCACCCCCACCCUUGCCUGCCCUGCUCCUGCAACCAGCACGCCCGACGCUGCAGGUUUAACUCCGAGCUGUUCAGGUUGUCAGGCGGCCGCAGUGGGGGUGUUUGUGAGCGGUGCCGCCACCACACAGCUGGGCGGCACUGCCACUACUGCCAGCCAGGGUUCUGGAGGGACCCCAGCCAGCCUAUUACUAGCCGCAAGGCCUGCAGGGCCUGCCAGUGCCACCCUAUUGGGGCAACGGGAGGCACCUGUAACCAGACCAGUGGGCAGUGCUCCUGCAAGUUAGGGGUCACUGGCCUGACAUGCAACCGCUGUGGUCCUGGCUACCAGCAGAGCCGCUCCCCCAGGAUGCCCUGCCAGCGAAUCCCAGAGGCAACAACCACCCUUGCUACGACCCCAAGUGCUUACAGCUCUGACCCUCAGUGUCACAACUACUGCAAUAUCUCGGACACCAGGGUACAUAUGAGCCUUCGGAGGUACUGCCAGCAGGACUAUGUUCUCCGUGCGCAGGUGCUGGCAUCUGAGGUGGUGGGCCCGGCGUGGAAGCGGCUGGCCUUGCGCGUGCUGGCCGUGUACAAGCAGCGAGCGCCGCCCGUGCGCCGCGGCGGCCAGGAGGCCUGGGUGCCGGGCGCCGACCUGGCCUGCGGCUGCCUGCGCCUGCAGCCCGGCACCGACUACUUGCUGCUGGGCAGCGCGGCUGGCGACCCCGACCCCGCUCGCCUAGUCCUCGACCGCCACGGCCUCGCGCUGCCCUGGAGGCCGCGCUGGGCCCGGCCUCUGCGGCGGCUGCAGCAGCAGGAACACUCCGGGGGCUGCGACAGCCUGCGGCCUCCAGCCCGAGCCUCACGCCUGAGGACUAGAACCACAGCUGAGUAGCCUCAA